GAAUGACGACCGCCCAAUAAAGAGCGUCGUUUCUUCCGCUCAGCAAAGGGGCGGUCCUGCCAGAGGAGGGGAGAGUGCCAGCGCCUGAGGAAUGUCAACUAUUCAACAUGGAGACGGCGGUUACUACGCUCGAGACCAUGGAAAAUCCUCCGGCCCUGAUACAGCAGCUGUCGGUAGUGAAAUUGCGUUACAAAACCUUGUGCGAGCAGCUGGAGAAGAUUUCCGCGGAGCGGCGAGAGUCCAUGCGUGCCAUCCGGGCCACUCUGGCUAAAACAGUGAAGUUGGUCCAGGAAAUACAGGAACACGCCGGGACAGAGGUAAUGCUCUGGCUGCUUGAUUGCUACUUGUAAUGUGGGCUUCUCUCAAGAUUUUACCUUCUCUUCUUUGGAGUAGUUGCGAGUCUCUUCCAGAUUCCAUUUGAAUCUAUUGGGGGAGCAACAGAAAAACUUUCUAGGGAUCAGCGUGCCUCAGGCCAGCAUCAUUCAUCAUCAACCAGAGGUUUAGUGAGAUAGAAUCACAUCUCGAGUAAUGCCAGUAGAAGAGAAGCUCAAG